CUGGUCGAUUGUCAUGCUGUUGCCCACGACCGCAACUUUCUGCAAUUCAAUACAUAACCAUCUCCUCUAGCCAUGCCUGGAAACGCGCCAUUCAGUGCAGAAGCCUCCAUUUCAAGUACACCCUAUACGCCUGCUACUUUUCGCGAUGAGCACUACACGCCCUGCAGGCCUACUGCAGAUAUUCCCCGGUUUUUACAAAAGGACCUAUCUGUCGAACGACUUAAUAAAAUCAACAAAGACCUAUGGUUGGCUGGGCGACCUAUGCCGCCCAGGCCCUUGAACUAUCAGGUCGCAACAUCACGAGUCAUCGUCCCAGAUGAAAGAAUUGACAUGCACAUGGUCUGGGAGCACUCUCGGCGCAUCCAUUUGAAGCCGAUCCCGCGAUACCUUCUAAACCAUCAAUUUUGGGAGUCUCAGAUGACCUGCGACGAACUCUGUCCCUGCAUAUCUAAUCAACUUUACUGCCAGGCAGAUAAAGGGGACAAGGUUUGUCAGCGAAAGAAACUAUACGAAUGUGCCCUCGGAUUUUUAUUCUCCUACAUUGCCUUAAUUGAGCGAGAGUGUGAUUUUGCAAUUGCCCAGGACCAUCACCUCUUACAGAAAAAUGUCACCUGGGAGGGCUGGCAUAAAUUGGUCCAACAACUUUUGCAAAACGGAAACGCUAACCCCAGAAAUAUCAACGAUCGAUAUUUGUUCGGCGAACUUCGGCUCUCACGACUCAACAAAAUCUAUAAUUUUCGUUACGGCAGUAUCCGAGGUUAUCAGUUCCCAUACCAGACGUACGACGAGCUAUUCCGGGACUAUCUCACACCCCUCACCGCAACGACUGUUUACGUCGCUUUAGUGUUGACGGCAAUGCAGGUUGGGCUGGCUACCAAUUGCCUUAGUGACAACCUUGCGUUUCGGAGAGCUUCGUAUGGCUUCACUGUCUUCUCCAUUCUUGGACCGCUCGUUGCGAUUCUGUUGGUUGGCUUUAUUGGGCUCUUCUAUUUUAUCAGGGACCUCGUGGUGACAUUGAGAUUCAAACGGGAGCGAUUUGCACACUAUAAGCUAUUGAGCUCACAAAGCCUCUGA